AUGGCAGAUAAGCUCCGCUCGGGUUCUCGCUUCGGAUCCCUCUCCGGAUCCCUCUCCGUGCCUGUCUCCGGCCCGCGCGACCUCGAAUCCGGCAAGGGUCGCUCUGCCAAGCUGGCCUCCAUCUUCGGCGGGUCAGGCGUCACUGUCGGCCCUCGCAUCUGCGACAUCCCUGAGUACCUGAAGGAUGAGGUGUCUGAGGGCGAGGGCGAGUCCAGCGAGGCCAUCCUCAACCGCCAGCUCGCGUCGGAGGACGGCGCCGCCAUCCAGUACCGCACCUGCUCGUGGCAGAAGACGGCCGCCCUGCUCUUCAGCGAGUACAUCUGUCUGGCCAUCAUGAGUUUCCCCUGGUCCUACAGCUACCUCGGCCUCGUGCCGGGGUUGAUAUUGACGGUGGUUGUCGCCGCAAUCGUCUUGUACACGAGUCUUGUGCUGUGGGAGUUUUGCCUGCGUCACCCCGAAAUCCGCGAUGUCUGUGAUCUCGGCCAGACGCUGUUCUGGGGCAAGGAAUGGGCGUGGUGGGGGACAGCCGUCAUGUUCGUUCUCAACAAUACCUUUAUCCAGGCGCUGCAUGUCCUCGUCGGCGCAGAGUACCUCAACACCAUGACGGAGAAGACGGCCAUCGGGGGGUGUCGCACCGUCGAGUUCUCCGUCGUCAUCGUCGUCAUUUGCUGGCUUGCCUCGCUCCCGAGAACGUUUAGUAUGAUGUCCAAGCUCGGCACUGCCUCUGCCUUCUUCACCUUGAUCAGUGUCGUCUUGGCUACUGCGUUUGCAGGCGUCCAGGGGAAGCCGGCCGGCUACUCGCCCGAGAAGGGUGAGCCGAUUGUCACGGCUGUGCCCGUGGCGAGCACCACCUUUGUGCAGGGUAUGGCUGCGUUUCUGAAUAUUAGUUAUACUUUCAUCGGCCAGAUUACCCUGCCUAGCUUCAUUGCUGAAAUGCGUGACCCUCGUGAAUUCCCCAAGUCCCUCUGGGCAUGCACAAUCGCCGAAAUCAUCGUCUUCAGCGUCGUCGGCGCCGUCAUCUAUGCCUACAGCGGCAACCAAUACGUCAAGGCGCCCGCCUUCGGAUCCCUCGACGAUCUGUACAAGAAGGUCUCAUUCUCAUUCAUGAUCCCGACAAUCAUCUUCCUGGGAUGCUUAUACGCUUCGGUAACGGCGCGAUUCGUCUUCUUCCGCGUCUUCAGAAACUCAAAACACUUGAGCGACCACACGGUUGUUGGAUGGGGCUCCUGGGCGGGCAUCCUCCUCACGACAUGGAUCCUCGCCUUUAUCAUUUCCCAGGUCAUUCCCUUCUUUUCCUCUCUCCUCUCUGUUAUGAGCUCCCUCUUUGACAGCUGGUUCGGCUUCAUCUUCUGGGGCGUGGCCUACUUCCGCAUGCGCAGUGCUGACAAGACCGUCGGGCGGAAGCGCAACCCCGUCGGCGACUGGCUCUCCAUGGGCCUCAAUGUAAUCAUUAUCCUGACGGGCUUCUUUUUCUUGACUGCGGGGACGUAUGCCAGCGUCCAAGGCAUCAUAGACUCGUUUCACGCAGGCGAGGUCGGUGGUGUGUUUAGUUGUCAGAGCAAUGGUCUGUAA